CACAGUCUAUACUAUAACAAUGUGCUAUUGUCUCGCUGUAGAAUCUACUAUCACUUCCAUCCAUCUCUAAACCGGAGUUAACUGAGGUAGCAACUUACAUCAAUAGAUUAACGUCACCAUAAAAAUGUCACGGAAAAAGGUCAUUAUCCUCGGAGCCGGAGUAGCCGGUCUGUCCACGGCUGUCUGUAUCCAGAGCUGUUGCCCUCACCUGGAGCUGGAGAUCGUGGCCGAGCACUUCUCUCCCCACACUACGUCAGACGGCUCGGGUGGAUUCUGGGAGCCCUACGCCACUGGUUCGGACGUCGACCGUUUCUUGCGAAUGGGGGAGGUGACCUUCAACUAUCUCAUGGGGUUGGCCAACUCGCCGCUGGCUGGAGAAAUCGGAGUGCAGCUCAUUUCUGGGUAUACGCUUGACCACGGUGAGAGUGAACCAAGCUACAGACAUAUUGUAGAUGGCUACCGGAAGUUGACGCCCACCGAAUUGGCGCGGUUCCCAAAAUUCCAGUUAAGUUUUUUUUUUUAA